AAUCCCACCUCUGUGCAUUGCCAUCUAGACAGCAAGUUAGAACAACUAGCAAACAUGCAAAAAUGUGUAAAACUUGGCAUAUCUGCUAGAAAGACAUCUGACAUGAUUCUGCAAGUUAGUGGCGAUGCCACGAUGAGUCAUUCGAGGUGUUUCGAGUAGCACGCUCGCAUAAAGAGUGGAAGAACAUCGCUGGAAGACUACGAGAUCCCCGUUUUGACACCGUUGUGGAGAUCCAGCUCGAAUAGCAAAAAAGGGCUUCAAAAAAAGAAGAUUUCCAGGACAUAACGCAGAGAGAGCGCUGUACUUUCUUGUAAACGUUUUGAUACCAUUCGUAAAAGAGUCCUAUUAUAUGCACAUUAUUGUAUAGAACAAUUGCAAAGUUUUGCUGAUUUAGCUGCAUUUUUUAGUAGCUUGCCCCUCCUCUUUUUUUCUACGUCACAACAUGGUAAGUCAGUAUUGUGUCGUCUUAAGACUGGAGCUUUUUUUUUUUCUGGUGAGGGAAUCAACCAUGCGCAGGAAGAAGGACGCGACCAUGACAUCAUCACCGGGUUGGAUUUGAUCCUGACUCGGUCGGUCGGUCGGUCGGGCGUUUGGUUUGAUGGUUGUUUGUUUGGAUUGUUUAUUAUCGUGUGUAUUUUUUAUUUUUUAUUUUAUUAUUCUUUUUGCGGUAGUUUCACUUUAAGGGCUCCGAAUCGCCAUAUUACUGAGGGUUUGCGCGUUGAAGAGCGGCAGCAGCAGCAGCGAUGCUUCCGCCGUUACACUGACAUCCUCCGCGCUCUCAGUCGCGACACUGCGCCGCGCUUAUUCUCUCUCUCUCUCUCUCUCUCUCUCUCUCUCUCUCUCUUCACUGUGAAUGCUUUUCGACGCGUUUAUUUCAUUUCGGAAUGAGUGUGUGUGAGAGUGUGUGAGCGCUGGAGUGAAAGCGGAGCGGUUAGUGUGACACCUGGGGCAGCUCUGACUGUCUACCCGUCGUGACUGAGAAGGUAGGGAGGGGAAGAGAAGGAAGAAGAAACACAGACCAAGGUGGAGGAAAACGAAAAGGAAAAAGAAAAGGCCGUUCCGCUGGAGGGUUUUGGAGUGUGAAGGGGAUGUGUUCAAGGCAAGAGAGGAUUCAAAAAGACGUCGACAUCGUUGUACAGAGGUGCCAGGCGGAGAAGGGCUGCCUUUUCUCGGAUUUCCGAUUCACUGACGCCACCUUCACGUUCACCUACUCCAAAGGAUCGAAAAGUGUGUCCUACAGUGUACAUGUCUCUGACGAUUAUCCAGACAACACAUACGUCUCAAACUCUGAGAACAACGAUGAUGUAUUAGUCACAAGAGAUCCCAUACCAGUUAUUUUCCAUAGAAUUGCUACAGAGAUAAGGACAGCUAACGAUGACAGCUGCCUUUCCAUCAAGUCAAAGCUUCAUAUUGACAAAAACCCAUGCCAUUAUGCUAUAGAAGAGGAUUCAGAGGGAGAUAAUGACUCUGAAGAAUUCUACUAUGGUGGUCAGGUGAAUUAUGAUGGGGAGCUUCACAAACACCCACAGCUGGAGGCUGACCUGGUAGCCGUGAGGGAGUUAUAUGGCCAUCAUGCAGUAUCUCUCAGGGAAUAUGGUGCAAUUGAUGAUGUAGACAUUGAUCUACACAUCGAUGUCAGUUUCCUUGAUACUCUUUUGCAGGAGGAAAUUGCCCUAGCCUGGGAUGUGAUCAGAACUGAACCUGUUAUUGUACGCCUUCACUGCUCGCUCACGCAGUAUCUCAAUGGACCAGUUCCCACCGUUGAUGUAUUUCAAGUGUCUACAAAAGACAGGUUUGGCCUGGGACAUCAACUGAAAAAGAUAAUGCAGACGUUUGUCACACAGCAGUGGAAGCAUCAUACUAAAGACAAGAUUAACUGCCCACAUAGCAAAAAGCAGACAGAUAAGAAGGUGAAGUCUCCUCUGCACAUCUUCUCAACUCUCCGCAGGUCCCCCAGCUAUCCCCCUCCCGGCUGCACAAAGAACAAAAAGAAGCUCAAGCAUGAACAGGAUGGUGUGUCCAAAUCUCAUCGCCUUUUGCGCCGUACAUGUUCGAGCACAGUGAAGCCUGAGGUGGACGGCUGUGCCGGGAAGCCACGCAAACUCUUGGGCCCUUCGCUGUCAGAGCAGACGCCUGGCCUCAAACCCCCUCAGCGGCUCUUGCCAAGGCCUGAGGAAAGCGUGAUCUCACGGCCUCACCGACUCCUGCCACGCUCCGGCUCAGGAGAGCCUCGGUGUGAUCGUAGCACAGGCGGCGACAGUAGUAGCAUUCUGAAGCCUCACCGGCUCCUUCACCGCACUGAUGAGCUGGACGGCCUCAAGCACCACCAGCGGCUACUUGGCAGGUCCUGCUCUAGCAGUGCAAAGAUGACCAAAGGUGAGACGCUCAAGGAGACAUCUGGAGAGAGCCGUCGCCUCUCGCUCACCUCAGGGCUCAUAGGCAUUCUAGCCCCGGCGCUCUCACCUGCACCCCCGCCAAACAACGGAGCCAAGUCUAUACCAGUCAGAGAUCGUGGCUUUCUUGUCCAGACGAUGGAGUAUGCAGAGCAAAGGAUUCCAGUCCUAAAUGAAUUCUGCGUGGUCUGUGAUGAACCUCACGUGUUUCAAAAUGGACCAAUGCUCAGGCCCACAGUGUGUGAGAGAGAGUUGUGUGUCUUUGCCUUCCAAACGCUAGGAGUCAUGAACGAGGCUGCUGAUGAGAUCGCCACAGGUGCCCAGGUGGUUGACUUGCUGGUAUCCAUGUGUCGCUCUGCACUGGAAUCACCGAGAAAAGUAGUAAUUUUUGAGCCAUAUCCCUCAGUGGUAGAUCCCAGUGAUCCUCAGUCCUUGGCCUUCAACCCAAGGAAAAAGGACUAUGAUCGGGUAAUGAGGGCUCUUGAUAGCCUCACAUCUAUCAGAGAAAUGACCCAGGCGCCAUAUUUGGAAAUCAAGAAGCAGAUGGACAGAAUUGACCCCCUGGCUCAUCCGCUAUUGCAGUGGGUUAUAUCCAGUAAUAGGUCUCAUAUAGUGAAGCUACCAGUGACCAGACAACUAAAGUUUAUGCACACCCCACACCAGUUCCUUUUACUCAGCAGCCCACCGGCCAAAGAAUCCAACUUCAGAGCUGCCAAAGGCCACUUUGGGAGUACCUUUGCUUUCCAUGGAUCACACAUAGAGAACUGGCACUCCAUUUUGAGGAAUGGUUUGGUUGUGGCCUCCAAGACAAAACUCCAGCUCCAUGGCGCCAUCUAUGGGAGUGGAAUUUAUCUCAGCCCACUUUCAAGCAUAUCCUUUGGUUACUCAGGGAUGAACAAAAAGCAGCAGAAAGUUGCGUCAAAAGACGAAACUGCUACAAACAAGACCAAUAUUCAUCUGCAGUCACAGAAAAAAGGUCAGCAGCCACAGUUUCUGCAGAGUCGCAAUUUGAAAUGCAUAGCCUUAUGCGAAGUUAUUACUUCGCCAGAUCUUCACAAGCAUGGUGACAUCUGGGUAGUCCCAAACACCGAUCAUGUCUGCACACGAUUUUUCUUUGUCUAUGAGGAUGGACAGGUGGGAGACACAAGCAUUAACACACAGGACCCCAGUAUCCAUCGAGAGAUCUUACGAGUCAUCGGCAACCAAACAGCCACAGGAUGAACGACUCCAAAAGCAAUACCGCUGCCUAAACCUGCCCUCCUGACUCAGAGCUGGAUAUUUGAGCCUAGGAGGUUUUAUCAUUGGUAUAUUAUUAACCACAGAACACAAGAUGAAGAGAAAAUAUUUACAAAAGCAAAGACAGUUGCUCAUGUGUAUUUACACUGGCUAAUUACACUCGGAAUAUUUUGCCAGGUUUAUUAAUACAGUAUACAUUUUUAAAGUUUGUGGUAUGUCUCUCGGUUCAGCCGAUGGACUGCCUGUUUUUUUAAGUUAAGAAAGAAAAGAUAUUCUUUCGGUAACAUUUUGAGACUUUUGCCAGAUGAUAUUUGGCCUUUGUGGUAAUACACCAAACUGCAUUGUUUACUAAAAAUUGGAAUUUUCAAAGUACAACUUUGUGCUUACCGAAGGUGUUGAUAUGCACUUUAUUAUUCUUUUCCUAAGGUCAGAUUUUAGUUUCAACUUUAUUAUAUUAAUGCCUUUAAUGGAUUGCAUAUUGACUUUGGUGAAGGUGAGCAGAGCAAAAACAUUACGAGCUGAAAGGUUGUUGUGUUUACAAAUCCCAUGUUCCCGAGCCACAUGAGUUAUUACACGCUACCUGGCAGUAGCUGUCGGUUUACAGUUUCCAAAAAAAGUCACAGUCUAAUCCCUCGGAUUCCACUGCAACUCUUUGCUGAUUUUUUUUCAACCCGAUGACUGUGACAUUAGGUUGCCAUUUUGGUUUGACCAUCAUACAAAAGAUUAAGUAUUUAAUAUAUAUUUGAAUGACACUGAUGGGAAAACAAGAUGCAUGUGGCUUUCCUUACAUUUUGGGUCAUUUUGUGUUUUUAGAUCUGUUAAUAGCAUCUUUAUACAAGACAAACUGGCACCAAGUUGCAAAAUGUAUUUAAAUAUUUCCGUAUAUAUAAUCUUUAUUUUGUAAAGGUGAUUUAAGACGGGAUAAAAGCUCGCAACGUAUUUGUUUUUUGGUUCUAUUCGUACGAGAGAGUUACUUCACGAUUACUGUUAUUUCUCAAAAAUAGUUUAACAAUGAGUUCAAAUAUUGAAAAUGUUUUCAGAAGAGUAAUGAUCCCUUUGAAAAGCCAAUAUAUCAUUAACUUAAAUGGGCUACUGUAUAAUUAGAGUGCCACAAAGGCUAUCAUUUUAUAUUUAUAGCAAAUAUAUAAAAUGGUAGACUUUGUUAGCUUUUAAACUUUAAUGAUGUUAACUAACAUAGUAAAAAUAUCCGUAUGAAUGGACAACUAUCUGAAGUCUCUUAUAAAUGCUGUUCCUAUGACUUAAUUUUUAAACUUCAGAGGAAACUAUUUUGUAAUGAUGUAAAAAAAACACCAGAACAGUUCAGUAUCCUGGUCUUACACGAACGACUCAAAGUUUGCAAGUAAAAUUUUAAACAUUACUUUCGACCCUUGAACAUGGUUACUAAACGAAGUGUACUCAGUGUUUUGUUAUAUUUAUGGUUUUGUAUAUUUCACUGAACUAUCAUGCCACUUAGCAUUUGGUGCCUUACAGUGAAGGAUUAUUGGGAAAUCUAUUACAAAACUGUACAUACUGUAAAUACUGCCAGAACAACAUGGAGUCCAACUAUUUUCUGUAUUCAGUUUUUACUUUUUUUCUUUGUUUUGCAAACAGUUCGAGCUUUGGGGCUUUUUACAGGUUCUGGAAACAGUAGCUUAUGUACCUGUUUAUGUUCAAUAAAGAUGAAUUUACCUAUAAAUUCCAUACAUUUUUCAUA